CGUCACGUCCUGGUUAUGUCGGAUCGCGACCUGCCACCGCUGCCCAUCCAACCGCCACAAAGCCAGGUUGCGGAAUCUUCGCGACGGCAUUCGACAAGGUCAAAGGACAAGGCAUCAAUUGGCAGAGAAAUUGCCCAUAUGUUAAAUCUUGAACGCCGAGAUCACAACGAAACUCAGCGUGAAUUAGAGCGUGUCAGGGAGCAGCUCCGACUCCAAACUCUUCUUACUGAGGAGGCAAGGACUCAGGUGGCUGAGGCUACCACUAGAUUGAAACACGUCAAUGCAGAACGACUUAUUGCUGUUAGAGAAGCAGUUAGACUGAAUGAAUCUUUAAACUUAUAUCGAUUUCAACUGGAAUCGGCACAGAACGAGAUCAGUCGCGCUCAAUCUGUCUUUGAUAUCGUCGAAAAAGAACGAUACAAAGCUGAGGCUUUAAGUGCGAAAUCCCGCACCGUUGCUCGUAGGCUUCACGAGCAACAGAAAAUUUACAAUGCGCGCGAGGAAGGCAGACGGCAGGGCCUCCAGGAAGGCCUCGAAGCUGGGCGACUACACGUUUUGACAAGCGAAGCAGAUGGACUGUCGGACCUGGGCGACUUGCUUGAUGACCAAGAUUUUGAAGGAGGCGAGGUGAAUGCGGGGCCAGCUGAACUAGAGGACCUAUUCUAUACACCCAAUCCGUCAAGAAAUGGCACCUCAAUUCGCGAUUCGCGGUUUAGCCAAGCUCUGAACGGGACCGAAGCUAAUCGAAUAUCGUCUGCAACACCAGACCCGGUUCCAGUACCCCCACCCGUGGUAGUUGCUCCUCCGACUCCAGAACCGCUGCCUAUUCUUGCACCAGAAACGAACGCCAAUAUAAGACCACAAGGCCAAGGUGACUUUCACCCGACCCCAGUGCAUAACUAUCCACCCCAUGCACUCAGCCAACACUCCCAAAUCCCUCCGGACGGUUAUAUUCCCGUGGUUGGCCCCGAGCCCAAUGCCCUCCCAGACAUUCCACCUCCCCACGAGUUUAUUCGGCAAUCGGUCAUCGAAGAGCCAACUGUCUCGCCUGCCGCUUUCGCAAGAGCACUGUCGCCUGGUAGCCAACGCUCAAGGUCUGUUGCAGCCAACUCUAUGCGACCAACGCAUUCUGUGGCCGGCUCAGUUCGGUCUGUGAAGAUGCCAACACCUCGAACAAGUACAAACAUCCAUGAUAUCGAACUGGAGGCACAGCAAAAUCUAGGCAAUUUCCUCCCUCGGAGUAGCAUUUCCUCCAGCCAUCCAGGCUCAAUCAACAUCGGUGUUGUCCCUGCAUCACCCGAAUCGCGCACUGCUUCCCAAAUGUUUGUUGGCUCUCCAUCUAUAGGAGAAAAGUUGUUCGGUCUUCCAACCUUCCGAGAAGAAGUGCCGGCUGAGCCUGGUGUUAUUUUUGGACACGUGCUCGAUCCCAUUGAAGGCCAACCGCACUGA